AGUCUACCUUAAUGAGAAGCUGCUGUUGAGAAUUCUGUAAGUAACGCGAGAAGUGUUUUGUAAAAGUGUCUUAAACUUUGAUUACAGCAUGAGUAACUUUUAAACUCUGUGCCUGUCUUUAGUGUAUCAAGUUUAUCUUAAUGUAAUGGAAUACAUGCCGGUAGGAAUUGCUUCUGCACUGAAAUGCUGUACAUCUGAAAUUAAUAGAUGUUACUUGGUGUUUGGUAUUCUUCAAAAGUGUGGUGAGGAAACUAUUCAAGUCUUAGAGCAAAACCCUACUUUAAACUGUCUUGUGAAUGCAGUGCAGGCGAGCUCAAGAGUAGCAUCUUAUAGCCACCAGCACAGUGCUAGGGUUGGUUUGUGGUGGUGUGUUUUUGUUGUGUUUUUUUUUUUACUGUCAGUUUUAUUCAUUUCUUCAUCUGUCCCUUAAGAAUGAAGUCAUCAGUUUUAGAUUUUCUUUAAAGUUUAGUGUCUGUUUGCAGUGAACUGCGUAUUUGCAUCAGAUGGUCUGUUCCGUACUGAUUGUAACCACUGUGUUCUCUUGACUGUGUAGAGUACCUUGUGAAACUUCUCCUGCUUCAUCUCAGUGUCCUGAAACAAAUGUGUAAAGAACUAUGCACAUAUUCACUGUUACUACUGAUCAAAAUAUGAUCAGAUCUCCAAGCAAAUAUUUAAAAUUUAUUGUUGCAAACACUCAGCAGGUUAAUACUCAGGAGAAACUGUGUGCUGAGAAUAUCAUCAUCUUAAUGAAAGAGAGGACAUGUUUCACAAGGGAAGUCAUAUGAUUCAAGCAGCAAGAAACUACUCCAAAGAGCGUAUAAGUCAAAAAUGACAGAGAGGGAGAGCUAGGAGGACAAUUGCUGGGGCAACUUUUUGGAGAUUGUGUGUACUGGCACAUACUGACAGCAACUGAGCGAUGCAGGGGCUGAACGAUUCAAACAGGAGAGUCUGACCCUUAAGAGGAACUAGGCUGCUACCUUACAGGAAUUUUAUUUCAGUUUUCUGGGUGAGAGAAGCAGGGAAAUGUCGGUAAAAUAAGCUUAAAUUUUAGUCAUUAGUGUUUAAUUUGUUGCUGGUACCGGAGUUUUACAAAAAUCAGUCUUUUAAAUUUUUUGUUAAUCGGCUUGUGUAGUGUAGCUUUAAGCAUUGCAGGAUGUUUUAAAAACAGUCUGUGACUGUAAUCAGGUCAGGAGAAGAGAAAUUGAGAUUUGUUGUGAAAGGUCAUCAUACAGAACAGUAAGUGUAACAUUUUUUUAGCCACAUAAAAAAAAAAAUUUGUUUCUCUGCUUAAUUAGCAGUAUGAUUGCAUUCAGACUUUGUAUGCAGUAGUGUUCUGUGGUGAUUACUUCUUUGCAUUCAAAAAUAUAAUUGUUUCCUGUUUUGAUUAGUGUUGAUUUUUCUUAAUAUCUGCAUUGAUAAGCUUACCUGCUCCUGCCAAUUUUUAGAGCCAACACAGCCAAGAGCUUCAACUGGCUUGGACUUGUAUGUCAGCAGAAUGGUUUAUUAUGUUCCAUUAUUGGGGAUUCCUUGUUGCUGGUGAUGGGUGAGCCUGAAAAAACACAGCUUGACUUGCACAUCACAGGCUCCUCUUUAGCCCACUGUCCUGAAGACAGAAGGUUCUGGGUGAUCAGGAGUCUCUAUUAGCAGUUCAAGUUGGCCGGAGAAUGGAAGGUGUUGAGUUUAAGGAAGAAUGGCAAGAUGAAGAUUUCCCAAGGCCCCUGCCAGAGGAUGAUCCUGUUGAGUCAGAUAUAUUGGCUGCAGCUGGAACAGAAAGUGAAGCUGAGGUUAAUGGAACCAAAGUGAGGAAGAAACUAACAGCUCCAGAUAUUAGCUUAACUUUGGAUCACAGUGAAGAAUCUGUUUUGUCUGAUGACUUGGAUGAGAGUGGAGAGAUUGAUUUGGAUGACUUGGAUACUCCUUCAGAAAAUAGCAAUGAGUUUGAAUGGGAAGAUGAUCUUCCAAAACCAAAAACUACUGAUGUAAUUAGGAAAGGAUCACUUACUGAAUACACUGCAGCAGAGGAGAAAGAUGAUGGUCGACGCUGGCGAAUGUUUAGGAUUGGAGAACAGGACCAUAGGGUGGACAUGAAGGCAAUUGAACCAUAUAAAAAAGUUAUCAGUCAUGGUGGUUAUUAUGGUGAUGGGUUAAAUGCCAUUGUUGUGUUUGCUGUUUGCUUUAUGCCUGAAAGCAGCCAGCCUAACUACAGAUAUCUAAUGGACAAUCUAUUUAAGUAUGUAAUUGGCACUUUAGAGCUGUUAGUAGCAGAGAACUAUAUGAUAGUUUACCUGAAUGGUGCAACAACAAGGAGAAAAAUGCCAAGUUUAGGCUGGCUUAGGAAAUGUUACCAGCAAAUUGAUAGAAGGUUAAGGAAAAAUCUGAAAUCAUUAAUCAUAGUUCAUCCUUCUUGGUUCAUCAGAACACUUCUGGCCAUCACAAAACCUUUUAUUAGCUCAAAAUUCAGCCAAAAAAUUAGGUAUGUCUUUACCCUGGCAGAACUAGCUGAACUCAUCCCCAUGGAAUACGUUGGCAUCCCAGAAUGCAUAAAACAGUAUGAAGAAGAAAAGUUUAGAAAGAAACAGAAAAGAGUUGACCAAGAGCUGAAUGGAAAACAAGAGCAGAAAAGUGAACAGUAAGUUUGGAGUCCAAACAAGACUGAAGAAUAUGCAGAUGGAAUGAUGCUAUUUUUGCUCCAUUUACAAUGUGUUCUGUGUGUGUAUAUAUUAUAUAACCUGUUGCAAAAGGUGCCGAAUUUCUUUGGACUAGCACACAAUGGACUGCUUACUGCUGUAUUGGUUUGUCUUGACUUUAAUAGCUAUGUUUAUGUAAUCAUUUCAUACUGCUAAAUGUCAAAGAACCCUAUGUUUUCAGAGGGUGUUCUUGCAGUUGUUUAUCUAAAUGAUGCAUGUUCUUCAGUAAAAUAUUUAUAUACCUAAAUGUUAAAGGAAAGAGAUAAUAUAUAUUUUUAUGACUGAGCAAUAUAUUGUGUGUACCUGCUGAAGGAAUUCAUCUGCAGGUAGACAAGGCCAUAAGUUACUUGUUGUUAUUGUAUAAAUCUGUUUUGCUGUAAAUGGUCAAGUGCAUUUCUUUGUUGUCACAGAAACCUUAAUUUGUUUGGAUAUUAACAAUCACAUAACGUAGUCUUUCACAAGUGCGGAGAUCCUUGGUUUUGUUCACAUAUCUAAUACAAGCAGUACUCAUUUACCUCACUAGAGUGAGCUUGAGCUUUGGUGUCUUUUAGUCCAUUUUUGAGAAUGCAGAACUGCGGUUCUGUGAACUUCAGUCUGUUGGCCAAAGGGUUUAAGCCUAAGCCACAACAGAAGCUGAACUGUUUGAAUGACUAGUAAGAUAUCAGACCUUUCUCAAUGUAGUUGUGAAUUUAGAUUCUGCUUCAGUAAAUCAAGGCUAUCUCAGCUACCAGUAGGAAAUGAGUUCAUUGCAAUUCUUCUUGGAUAAAUAUUGGUUGUAGGAACUGUGGUCGUACUUAGUAGAGCUUGGGAGUUACAUAGAUGUUCUCACCAUAAUAUCAAUUGUUUGCAGAGGUAUGGGGAAUCUUAUGCUACCUGUGUCAUCCCUGUAGAUGAAACAUCCAUUUCUAAAGCUCUUAGUUUGGCACAUGAUGCCAGCACUAAUUUCACUUAACAACAACAACAAAAAAAAGGUGAUUUAAAGGUUGGUGGUUUUUUUUCCUCCCCACAAUGGUAGUAAACUUGUGUCUGUAAGAGAUGUUCUUGGACACAUAACUAGUGUUUAUAGGUUUAUCAGGGCAACAAUAAUGCACUGGUUGAUAUGUUGUAGAAGUUUGUAACAUCUCUUGAUAAUCAUUGCUAUUUCCCUGUAAGGACAGGUGCAUGCAAAUAAAUCCAUUCAGGAGUUGAGCAAUAUAAUAUUGUAGCAAAUAUUAAAUCUUCACUUUUGAUUUUUAUUGUGCUCGCAAUUUUGUCUUAAUGCCGAAAAUAUCAGUUCUUAAUUAUAUUAAAAGUUAGUGUUACACAGUUCUCUUAUUAAAAAAAAAAAAAAGUCGUGUUCAACCAGAUUACUAUCUGACACUGAUAAAUAGCAGUCACGACUUAUUACCAAUUAACAAAAAAUCUACUCUCUCUAAUGAUGCAUGUAUAGAUUCUGAGAGCAUAUUCAUGUCAGGUGAGGGCAAAUUGCCCAUGUCUCUGGGAGUUUUAAUUCUGCAAUUCAGAGACUUUCAUCUCAAGAUCUAGGUACUUUUGUUAUAGCAGCUUCUGUAUCACAGUUUCAAAGAGAUUAAUAUGUAGGCUGUUCUCUUUCAAGUUGCCUUGCAUCCAUUUCAUCAGGUCUGGAUCUUGCUCUGAAAGCAGAACACAAAUGUGAACAGUUUCUUUGGGCUGUCUUAUCUCCUGCUCCAGUUUCAGUGUUGACCCGGAUUAAUGUAAAGUUCCAGUCAGUAAAUUGGAUGCUUACAGCCUGUUUCCUUUUGAUACUUUCACAGUGCAGUGUAUGAACAUGCAAACCUGUAAACCUUCUUGAUCCUUACUGAUUCUAUGUGGGUCCUAAGCUAGAUACUAAGCAUUCUGAUCAUUUCAUUUCAAAUUUUUCCUGAUUUAAAAAAGUAUUCUUCUCAGUAAAAUCAUAUUCUUGGUGGGAGGAUUGUAGUCCUACAUGUCCUGUUGCUUCCUAUGUGUAUAGUGCAGUAUAGAGUAGGCAAUCCUCUGUAUAGACCAUAUUAUCAAAUGAUGGCAUUUUUACUGUUGUCUUUCCUGGUGGCUGAGUGAUUCUACAGUUUCAUGCUACAGCAGUACAAUUUCUUUUGGAAAUGUGUAUGUGCUUACUGAAUGGCUUAUUUCUCUAGUAUAAGUUUUCAUGAAUGAAUAUACAGCACAACAGUUCUUCUGUCCUUAAAGAUAUGCAGCCUGAGAAACAGGUGUACUAAAGAAUUAUUCCCCUCUGAUCUUUUGCAGCUCAUCAUUUAAAAUGGUGAGGUGGAUGUUUACAAAAAGCGACGAGGUCCCAAGGUUACCUUGAACACAAAUGGGUAACUUUUUGUCAAAUUUACCUUUUUUAAAAUUAUAAAAUAAUUUAAUAUAUUUUAAUAUUUAAAAACAUGAAAAGUUGGAAUUUCAUACUUUAAUAAAAGUUAUUUCAAAACCUGAAUCACUUUGUGAUAAGAUACAGUAUUUUAGGGAAUUCACCAUUCAAUGGCACUUCCUUCUAAAACUCAUGUUCCCAGAAUACAGUUUAAGUCCUGUCAAGAAAAGAUAAUUUCAUGAGUACUAACUUACCUUUGAUUUGGAGGUCUCAUUAGUUUGUUUAUAUAUAUAUAUAUGUGGUAAUAAGUCAUUGGUUAUCUUUUGUUAUUACUGUGCACAGCUGAAAUAGUGGUUUGGGCCAGUGGCCUCUCUGUGUGUGGAUGUGACAUUUUGUAAAUUGGUUUCUGCAACAGGGUAAGUGUUCAGAAGUGGCAAAGAUUUUGGAGAAAGUGUCAUUUAAAAACUGAUGCGAGUACACUGUAGAUUGCUUGAAUGUUCUUGACAUUCUGUGUAGUAUGGCAAAGCCAUGUUCUGUUGGAAAGUAAUGGAGAAGGAUGUAUAAGGAUUUAGUGCUGAAGCAGAUUGAAGUCUUUGAGGUUCUGGGAUGUUAAAAUGGAGAAUUUUUGGUUCCAAAAAGCUUAGAACUAGUUAGAAUAAUAUGUAACCUUGUUCAUAACAAUACAAUUUAGCAUUUUUUUCCUUUAUUUUCAGUGAACAAGUGAAGAAUAGUAUUUCUUGCUGUGAGGAACUUUGUACUGAGAAACAAUAGUUACAUUCUGAAUUGCAUACAAUUGGUAUAGUCUGUUAGCAUGUUUCAGCAAUUUUGUUGCAUAAUAUGCUUAAAUGCUCUAAUGACAGCUUAAAACCUUUCAACAGCUAAUUUGUGUCAGACUUCAAGAUCAGAUUACAUGGUGGUGGUAAUGGAAUCUUUUAUGAAAUGACCUCGAAGUGUGUCAUAGGGAGGAGAGGGUGGCAUUGGUGCCUAGUCAUAUGUCAGCUUCACUGAUGUCAUCUACUGAAAUGUCUGUAGUUAACUGAAAAUAAUGGAACUACAUUGUGAACGGGCACUUUCUAAACUAAAUCUGUCACAAAGAAAUAAGUUUCUUGGUGAAAAGUGUAUUUCUUUCAGUGUCAAAUUUUUGUCUGUGUGUCUUACAGAUUUAUACAGUAUUUAUUACAUAGAAAGAUGGCUUAAAUGCAUCUUGUAUCAAAAGCUGUUGUCUUUGGAGAUGACUUUAAUUCUCAAGUCAUUCCAGUCUCCCUCAGAAAAGUCUCAUACAAGGAACAGAGGGGAGAGGGAUAAUAGCUUGCGUGCUUUUUGUAACUGCAGAGGUCUUAUAAAGCUUUCAGUAAAAAUUCUUAUUCAAUCCUUGUGGAUGCAGGUCAUUCUCCAGAGGAUUUGUUUCACUGACUGAUUGUCGGAGAUGCUUGAAAUAAGUGCUUUAAUUAUACUUUUUAAGGAUAUCUGGUUUUAGUCAGAGUAGCACUCUGAAAUACAAGGAAGAUUUAAAUAUUCAUAUACUGAAAGACAGAUUUGGCAGCUUUCCUAGCUUCAAAAUUCUAAGUUGAACUACAUGGUUUCCCUUAUCACAUCUUGUUCCGUAUAUUGAGCUAACAGGAAAAAAGGGCAUUUGUGAAGAGGGUGCAGUUGUGUUACAGUUUUUCAUCAUUCCCUUCAAGCAUGACUGAGAUCAGUGAAAUUAAAGCCAUUCUUUGCUCAACUAGAUGUUUUUUCAGUUUUGCAAUUUGGACUGCCCAGAUUAAUCUGAUUUAAACAUAGGUUGGUUGGUGUUUUUCCCCAGUAUUGCAAAUGAUCUGAGGAGAAGCUACUGGAGUGUUUUCAAAAAGUCAAGUCCUUAUCUUACAAUGCUCCUUACUCUAGCCAGCUCUAGUUAAUAUUUAUGACAUGGAAUUCCAGGUUAAUAAUUACAAAAAAUAUUCAUGGAAGACAGAUGCUUACGUUCCCAGUGCCUCUGCAGUUCUGCAGUGUUUCUUAUUCAGUGAUCUGAACAAAGCCUUUUUAUUAACAAGAAAAGCCCAAGUAGUAGGGUGCUCUACCAGUUGAAUGGCAGAUAGAAGGGUUAAAACACUGCCUAUUAGUAUCACUAAACUUAUGGGUGAUAUGGGAAGUGUGCAGUGUUUAACAAAACAAAGCUGCAGUAGUCAUGCAAAAACAUAGGUUGUGACUCGUAGGUGGUAUAACUGGCUUAAAUUGACUAUUAAUGUUCUUCACAGAUGUCACUAUUUUCCUUUGCCCCUUUAAUAUAAAACUAUGUAAGUACAAGACUCAUCACCUACCUCUUAAUGUUAUGAUCCUUUCUUUUUUUUAAAAUGAGCUUCCCUUUUCUGUUUGUGUUUCAUGGUGUCAUGGAGUAAGCUGAUGAACACAUUUCUGAAUGUGCUAGCUGUUACUACUUAUGGGAAACUUUUUAAUUAGGAAAAAAAUAAAUGCUAUAUGCAAUAAACACCUUUGGAAAA